AUGUUGAUCGGGCCCUUUGACGGACGCAAGAAGACGUCCCGCUGUCAAGCAUGUUCCACCAGCCAUCUCAAGUGCUCCGGCCAGGCUCCCUGCACCAAUUGCCAACGCCGGCAACUUGCCUGCACAUUCGCAUCCGCUUCGAAGGUCAGUUCGCAGAUCAUCUUGGUAGAAAGAGGCGAGCGAACGACUCCCGCCACCUUCAAAUCGUCUAAGCCAACGAGGCGGAAACAAACCUCAGCAAGUAGAGGGCCCGCUGUUUCUUCUCCGUCGCGGCUCACAGAUGACAAGCUCUCUUUUCUUUACUACUUUGACGUUUUUGCCGGGCGGAAUAGCUUUACUGGCAAAAAGACUUGGCUGGUAAAUCAAGUCAAGCAGCUCUCCGAGCUUCACGCAUGCUCGUAUCUCAUGGAUGCCAUGUUGUCCCUUGGGGCGAUACAGGCAGUCAAGCUCAACGCGCCGGAUGCCCCCCCUAGGAACGAAUGCCUGGCGAUUGCGCUUGAGUAUUACUCAAAGUCCAUCCUAGGGCUGCGUGAAAUGAUUGAUAACAUGAAGUCGAGGACGGAGGACGAUGGUCUGCGUGAUACGGUGCUGUGGGCAACUCUCUUUCUCGGUUUAUUCGAAUUAAUCAACGACGAAACGGGUGAUGGAUGGCAGCAGCACAUGACGCAUGGCACGGCAAAGGCCCUCGAAGCGAGCGGUCCCUCGAUGUGUCGAUCUGGCCCAAGCAGAAAGUUUUUUGUCCAGGCACGCAUUUUCGAGGUAUCGCGAAGCAUCCUUGGAAACGAGUCCACGUUCCUAACUCAGCCGGAAUGGAUGGAAUUGACGAGGGGGAUGUGGACUGGUGAGCACGGAGAUGAAUGGCAUCCCUUGGAUUCUCUGCUCGAUAUCAUGGUCAUGGUAUCCAGGUUACGAGUUCGAGCGGCAGCAUUCAUUGAUGGACAAGAGAAAUGCCCCGAUGGGGAACCGACCUUGGAAGCCCAGGCUAUCUGCUCGGAUGCCUUCAUUCUCCGCGAAGCUCUCAGUAGCUGGUAUGCGUCGUAUGCGCAAGCCACAGCUCAAGCAGAUACCCCAUCUCUGGAUAGUGAAGAUGCCAGUAUGCUGCUCUCGAGAAUAUUCUUUGCCGCCAUCAGCAUCUACCUGUCGGGAAUAUUCGACUACGAAAUCCCUCACUGGCAUCGAGUAGGCCUCGUACCGCCGACGUUGGAGCAGGCAACCAUUCAAACCCACACAAACACCAUCCUCGGGCUCUCCAACUUGGCGCUCGACACCACCAACCUCUCGCCGCUGCUGUUCUUGUUUCCGCUGAGGAUUGCAGGGGCCAGGUCAAGGACACAAUGGCAGCGAGAUUGGAUCAUGAAGCUAAUUGGGAGGAUUGGAAGCGGAUUUGCGGUGGCGAGUGCGAUUUCAGCACAGUUGAGUCAUGUUUGGCAGAUGUACAGUACGGGAUCAAGGAGAUACCUGCCUACCUAA